CCUCUUCCUCUUUCGCGCCUUACCCGACGAUGCGCGAUACGCGCUCCACACCGCCUAUAUAUAAAACCACCACUUCUCUCUCUCUCUCUCUCUCUCAUUCUCCCAGUUCACAAAAAUGUCCGACGGUCACCUCUUCAACAGCAUCUCUCUCGGCGGCCGCGGUGGCACUAAUCCUGGGCAACUUAGGGUUCACUCAGGGGGUAUAUCGUGGAAAAAACAAGGGGGUGGGAAAGCUGUGGAAGUUGAUAAUUCCGAUGUCGUAGCUCUAACCUGGAUGAAGGUGCCCCGCAGUAAUCAACUUGGGGUUAAAAUUAAGGACGGUUUGAACUACAAAUUCACUGGUUUCCGUGACCAGGAUGUGGCUAGCCUCACCACUUUUUUUCAAAGCACUUUUGAGAUAACACCAGAAGAGAAGCAGCUUUCUGUCAGUGGAAGAAACUGGGGUGAAGUCGAUUUAAAUGGGAAUAUGCUGACUUUUCUGGUUGGUUCCAAGCAAGCAUUUGAGGUAUCUUUAGCAGAUGUUGCCCAGACACAACUUCAGGGAAAAAAUGACGUCAUUUUGGAGUUCCACGUGGAUGACACAACUGGUGCUAAUGAGAAGGAUUCGUUGAUGGAGAUAAGUUUUCACAUACCAAAUUCCAACACACAGUUCGUUGGUGAUGAAAAUCGUCCUCCUGCUCAGGUUUUCCGUGACAAAAUCGUGUCAAUGGCAGAUGUUGGGGCAGGAGGUGAAGAAUCUGUUGUUACAUUUGAAGGGAUUGCGAUUCUUACUCCAAGGGGCCGGUAUAAUGUUGAACUUCAUCUUUCAUUUUUGAGGCUACAAGGGCAAGCUAAUGAUUUUAAAAUUCAGUACAGCAGUGUUGUUCGCCUGUUUCUACUACCCAAGUCUAACCAACCACAUACCUUUGUUGUUGUCACUCUUGAUCCACCAAUUCGUAAAGGCCAAACUUUAUACCCGCAUAUUGUGUUGCAGUUUGAAACAGAUUAUGUGGUUGAAAGCACACUGUCAAUGAAUGAAGAUCUUUUGAAUGCAAAAUACAAGGACAAGUUAGAACCAACGUAUAAGGGCCUCAUUCAUGAAGUGUUCAUAUUGAUAUUGCGCGGAUUGUCUGGUGCCAAAGUAACCAGACCAGGAAAAUUCCGUAGCUGUCAAGAUGGUUAUGCUGUGAAGUCUUCGUUGAAAGCUGAAGAUGGUGUCCUAUAUCCACUUGAAAAGGGCUUCUUCUUUUUACCCAAGCCUCCAACUCUUAUUCUUCAUGAAGAGAUUGACUAUGUGGAGUUUGAGAGGCAUGCUGCUGGAGGCUCAAAUAUGCAUUACUUUGAUCUUCUUAUCAGAUUAAAGACUGAGCAGGAACAUCUCUUCCGGAACAUCCAGAGGAGUGAAUAUCACAAUCUUUUUGACUUCAUCAGCGGGAAAGGUAUGAAAAUCAUGAACUUGGGAGAUGCCCGUACUGCAGAAGGUGUUGCAGCUGUUUUGCAAAAUGAUGAUGAUGAUGCUGUUGAUCCACAUCUUGAGCGGAUUAGGAAUGAAGCUGGUGGAGACGAGAGUGAUGAGGAGGAUGAGGACUUUGUUGUUGAUAAGGAUGAUUCAGGCUCACCAACAGAUGAUUCUGGUGGAGAGGAUUCUGAUGCUAAUGACAGCGGAGACGAGAACGAGCCUGCUAAAAAGGAAUCGAAGAAAGAACCCUCUACUUCUAAGGCAUCCUCCAGUAGGGUGAAGUCUAAAGUCGGUGGUGAGGAUGGACCUAAGAAGAAGAAGCAGAAAAAGAAGAAGGAUCCAAACGCACCAAAGAAGGCCAUGUCUGGUUUUAUGUUUUUCUCUCAGAGUGAAAGGGAGAAUAUUAAGAAAACAAAUCCUGGAAUUGCAUUCACUGAUAUUGCGAGAGUUCUUGGAGAGAGAUGGAAAAAAAUGACAGCUGAGGAGAAAGAACCAUACGAAGCCAAGGCUCGCGCUGACAAAAAACGUUACGCUGAUCAGGUCUCCGGUUACAAGAACCCUCCUCAGCCAAUGAACAUAGAUUCUGGAAAUGAAUCUGACAGUGCAUAGUUUUUACGCCUUGGUUCUGUUUUCCCUGUGAAGAUGCUAUGCACUAGUUAUGGGGUGCUUUUAUCAUAUGUUAUAAUAUAGCAGUUGUAUCAAAUACCAACUUUUUGGCGGUCGAAUCAUUAUGUUAGAAUGCGCGGAGUUUAGAAUAUCGUAGCUGGGUAGUUUGGCCCAUGUGUGGAUUCACCCCUUCACAUUUGACUAUCAGCUCAUAACCACCCUAUGGUUGCUGGACCAA